AUGGAAGACUACGCCCCAAGUCGAUAUAAAAUGCUGGAAAAGAUUGGAGAAGGAGUGCAUGGAUAUGUAUUCAAAGCAAUCGAUCUGCAACGGCAAAAGCAUGUAGCUAUUAAGAAAAUUGCUUUGAAAAAUAAAUUCGGAAACAUUUCACUGAACACUUUACGGGAAAUUAAAACUUUGCAGUUGUGCCAGUCCAAAUAUAUAGUAUCGAUCAUUGAUAUAUAUCCAGACUUAACCGGACUAGCCUUGGUAUUAGAAUAUAUGCCGGAAACUUUAUACGGAAAAUUGAGGAACGAAGUAAAUCCUCUAAAUAGACAGCAAAUUCGGCAAUAUACACAAAUGAUGCUUAAGGGGAUCGAAUAUCUGCAUAGCAUGGGCAUAAUGCAUAGGGAUAUAAAACCGGCCAAUCUACUCAUAAGCGAAGACGAAUCUCUAAAAAUUGCUGAUUUCGGUUUGGCGCGAUUAUAUUUUCCAAAAGAAGAAAAUAAGUUAUAUUCACCUCAAGUUUCGACGCGUUGGUAUAGAGCACCAGAAAUACUUUGGGGAAGUCAAAAGUAUAGUCCCGCUGUGGACAUGUGGGCUGCCGGCUGUGUUUUUGCAGAAAUGCUGAGAGGAGUUCCAUUAUUUUCCGGUUCGACUGAUAUCGAACAACUGGCGCUUGUAAUAAGAACAUUGGGUAGUCCAAGACUCAAUGAGUGGCCGGAGCUUACGUCUUUACCGGACUACAACAAAAUACGCUUUCCAAAUGCAAUAGGAGUUCACUGGGAUAACCUAUUCCCUAGCUGUACACAAGCGGUUGAAAUCAACUUGGUUUCAAAUCUGGUUGUUUACAACCCGAAGAAUCGGCUGACUGCCUCUGAGGCAUUAAAUCACGAUUAUUUCCAGUAGCAAGAAUUUGCCCAGUGUUAACGCAAUUCUGUCGUCUUUGCCAUCGGAUUCUCCUUGCCGCAAUGAGAAGAGAGUGGUCGAAAUACGUACUCGAUUGCAAAGAGCCUAACAUGAUGGACAAAAUGUUUAACGGAAAAUUUGACCUG